ACGGCAGCCUAUAAAAUGCUAGUGAAACCAUCUGGAAGUUCAGAACUGAGCAAAAUGAAGUCAUUUGCAGUGCUACUGGUCAUCGUCGGAAUCGUUGCCGUUGGAGUGCUUGCUAAGGAAGAUGUCUUCCUGAGGCGAGCAGCUGCCAUGAAGGUUAAACGAUCAGCUCAACCUCCCGAAGAUCCAUGGCUCCCCCACGUGCCACAAAAACGAUCCGCUCAACCUCCCAUAGAUUUACCGCCUCCCCACGUCCCACCAAAACGGUCGGAUCCAAUAAUAAUAAUACCAACGUCAGAGGCAAUGGGCGGGAAAAUCAACGUGCUGGGUGGAGCAGCCAUGAAGGCAAAACAAUCAGCUCAACCUCCCGGAUAUUUAACGACCUCCCACGUGCCACCAAAACGGUCCGCUCAACCUCCCAUAGAUUUACCGCCACCCCACGUCCAAAAGAAACGGUCACCUCAAUCACCAAUUGUAAUAAUGCCAAUGCCAGAAAUAAUGAGCGGGAAGGGUAUCAUUCUGAGUCGAGCAGCCAUGAAGGCAAAACGGGCAGCUCAACCACCUAUACAAUCACCACCUAUCAACAUCCCACCAAAACGGUCAGAUGAAUAUCCCGCGCCUUUGCGUUCAAGAGGACUUUAUUUGAACAAACGAUCAGAGGAAACCCCCUCACCACCAGAUAUGUUCUUCCAGGAAGAUACAACAGAGGAGAGCAAAGCAAAACGGGCAGUUCAACCGCCCGGACCGCAGCUCGUCAUCACAGGAGUGGGAUCGGAAGAAUAUGUCAUGCUUUUACCAGGCGAGGCAAAACGGUUAGCUGAUCCCGAAACUUCCGAACCCCAACUUUAUCAACAAGAAACAACAGAGGAGACCAAAUCCAAACGGUUUGCUGAUCCCGAAACACCCGAACCCCAACUAUAUCAACAAGAAACUACGGAGAAGGCAAGGUCAAAACGCGCGGCUGACCCCGAAACUCCCGAACCCCAACUCUAUCAACAAGAAACAACAGAGGAGGCCAUGUCAAAACGAGCAGCUGAUCCCGAAACUCCCGAACCCAAACUUUACCAACAAGAAACAACGGAAGAGGCCAAAUCAAAACGAGCGGCUGAUCCCGAAACUCCAGAACCCCAACUUUACCAACAAGAAACAACAGAGGAGGCCAAGUCGAAACGAGCAGCUAAUCCCGAAACUCCCGAGCCCCAACUCUACCAACAAGAAACAACGGAAGAGGCCAAAUCAAAACGAGCGGCUGACCAGGAAAGUACCGAACCUCAACUUUACCAACAAGAAACAACGGAGGAGGCUAAGUCGAAACGAGCGACUGACACCGAAAUACCCCCGCUUGGGAUCCCGAAAUAGAGAAGUGAAAAAAAAUGAAGACGUAUGACGAUUAGAGCAAAUGACAUCACCGAAGACGACCUUUUAGCAAAGAACAUUUUUUGUACUUUCAGAACACGGACCACGGCACCACGGAAAGGAUUUGGAAGUUGACAUUUGAUUUCCUGUCUUUUUUAUAGUUUAGUCACUGGGCAUUUUGAUUUGUAAUAUAUCUAUCUGUUGGAGCAAGCCA